UUUUUUCUGCUUGACUCAAUAGAUUACUUGAUUAACCAAAAUGUGUGACUGAAAUGACGAUCAGUUAAAAGUUGAUGGAAAUUCCUUUAAAGGCACAUAGUCCCUUUAAUACAGACAGGUGUCUCAAACGGUAUCGGUCCCUCCCUCUUUUCUCAUUGGCUUUCUUUGAAGUCCUUGAAUGUCCCUCCAGCCAAUCACGUCUCCUCUCUGCUCUCUGUGGCUGGUCAGACUGAUUCUCCCCUCUUCUGUCUGUGUCCCGGCUGCACUCUGCUCCUCACCAGCUAGACUGUCUGCCUGGUCUGUGUGUGUGUCUGUGGAUGUGUGAGACAGUGUGUGUGUGUGUGUGUGUGUGUGUGUGUGUGUGUGUGUGUGUGUGUUGUAGAGAGUGUGCGUGUGAGUCAAUUUAAAAAAGCGUCUUCAGUUAUUUUGUUUCCUGACGGAGGAAGAGUUGAGAGGUGAUGAUGGUGAGGAUGAUGAUGGGCUUCCCUCAGCCUCUGUGGGCUCAGGUGAGCUCUGGGCUCCAGUCUGAGUGCUAACCAUGUUGCGGCAGUCCGACCCAAACUCCAGUACACUGCAGCUGGUUGCUAAUGAUAUGACCGACAUCAUGGAGAAGCUGGACACCCACGAGCUGGACCUGGAAGAUGGAGAGUACGACACAACCGACACCGCCACUCCAGCCGAUCAUUUACCUUUCACGGCAAUCUACAAGACGGUGGGUUUUAAGGAGUCCGCGGCCCAAGUGUUCCUGUCUUCACCGAUCACCGCUAAGAUCCUGGAGGUGGAGCGCUUCACCUCGGCUCAGGACCGCUUCAACAUCACCACGCAGAGGAGCAUCAACAAGUCGAUGCCGGCGGUGUUUAAGAUCGAGUUGAAGCACGGGGAGUUCACGUGGCUGGUGAAGAGGAAGGAGAAACACUUCAUGGAUCUGCACAGAGAGCUCAGGACAUACAAGACGUUCAUGAAGCUCCCGCUGCCCACACGCAGUCACACAGUGAAGAGGCAGUCGGCAGUAGAGGGGGGGAGACACAUGCCCACCCUGCACCGAGGAAGAGGAGACGAGCUGGGCAGAGAGGAGCAGGUUUCCAGUCGCAGGAAACAACUAGAAGAUUACUUGAAUAACCUGCUGAAGGUGCCAAUGUACAGAAACUACCAUGCAACGAUGGAGUUCAUUGAUGUUAGCCAACUGUCCUUUAUCCACGAUCUGGGACCAAAAGGCUUAGAAGGGAUGGUGCAGAAGAGAUCCGGCGGUCAUCGUGUUCCCGGGAUGAACUGCUGCGGUCGCAGUAAAAUGUGCUACCACUGGUCCAAACGCUGGCUGGUAGUGAAGGACUCGUUCCUGCUCUACAUGAAGCCGGACUCUGGUGCUAUCUCUUUUGUGAUGCUAGUUGACAAGGAGUUCAGCAUCAAGAUGGACUCCAAAGAAACAGAGACCAAACACGGCGUUCGCAUCGACAGUCUGUCCAGGUCGCUGGUGCUGAAGUGCAGCAGCUACAGACACGCCCGCUGGUGGGGUCAGGCCAUUGAAGGCUUCGUCCAGAAGCACGGCUCAGCCUUCCUCACCGACCACCGCUUCGGAUCCUUCGCCAGAGAGGAAGUUAACAUCCCCGCCAAAUGGUAUGUGAAUGGGAAGACGUACAUGGAAGAUGUGGCCGAUGCUCUUGAAGCGGCCAAAGAGGAGAUAUUCAUCACAGACUGGUGGUUAAGUCCAGAAAUCUUCCUCAAGAGGCCGGUUGUCGAGGGCAACCGCUGGCGUCUGGACUCCAUCCUGAAACGAAAAGCGGAACAAGGAGUGCACAUCUUUGUGAUCCUGUACAAAGAGGUGGAGUUAGCACUGGGCAUUAAUUCAGGAUACAGCAAGAGAACUCUCCGGCACCUCCACCCCAACAUCAAGGUGAUGCGUAAUCCAGACCACGUCUCAUCUGCCGUCUACCUGUGGGCGCAUCAUGAGAAGAUCAUCAUCGUCGACCAAUCGGUGGCCUUCGUUGGUGGGAUUGACCUCGCGUACGGUCGGUGGGACGACAGGGAACACCGGCUCACGGAUAUUGGGAGUGUGACACUCUCACAUUUGGAGCAAGCUGAAGCUGUCUCUCCCAAUAUGGCUGCCCCCGCUAACGGCAGUGGCGGGGUUUCCCAGCGCAAUGGAAAGGGCGUGUUUACGGUGACAGACUCGGUGGAUCAGCCCAAGCUGAAGUGUCAGGGGAGGUUGAAGAGGACCAGGUUUAGUAUCAAGAGACACCUACAGAAACGCGGGCUUGCCAGCGCUGACAGCGACAGUGACCUGGAAGACGAAGCCAGGAGCGGCUCAGUGCGUAGUCUUCAAACCGGGGUGGGAGAGUUGUUUGGAAACACGCGCUUCUGGCACGGAAAAGACUACUGCAACUUUGUGCACAAGGACUGGAUUCAACUGGACAAACCGUUCGAUGAUUUCAUAGACAGACACACAACUCCCAGAAUGCCUUGGCAUGACAUCUCCUCGGUGGUUCAUGGGAAAGCAGCUCGAGACGUGGCCAGACACUUUAUUCAAAGGUGGAACUUCACAAAGCUGGUGAAGCCAAAGUACAGCUCGCCGUCGUUCCCGUGUCUGCUGCCCAAGUCUCACACCACCGCUGGAGAGCAGAGAUACCAAGUCCCCAACUGCACCCCCGCCAAAGUACAGAUCCUUCGCUCAGCCUGUGAUUGGUCCGCUGGCAUCAAAUACCACGAGGAGUCCAUCCACAACGCUUACGUCCACGUCAUCGAGAAGAGCGAACACUUCAUCUACAUAGAGAAUCAGUUCUUCAUCAGCUGUGCCGACAACCGACAGGUUUUCAACAAGAUAGGAGACACUAUUGCUGAGCGUAUCAUCAAAGCAUACAGGGAGGGUAAACGGUACCGCGUGUACGUGGUGACGCCUCUGCUGCCUGGCUUUGAAGGAGACAUCAACACUGGAGGGGGCAGCGCCAUCCAGGCUGUCAUGCACUUCAACUACAGGACGAUGAACAGAGGCGACCACUCCAUCAUCUCGCAGCUCAAGAGAGAGAUGGGGGACCACUGGAUGAACUACAUCUCCAUCGCUGGUCUGAGGACUCACGCAGAGCUGGAGGGAAAACUGGUCACCGAGCUCAUCUACGUCCACAGCAAGAUGCUAAUCGCAGACGACAACACCGUCAUCAUCGGGUCUGCAAACAUCAACGACAGGAGCAUGCUGGGAAAGAGGGACAGCGAGGUGGCGGUGAUCGUGGAGGACUCGGAGACGGUGACGGCUGUGAUGGAUGGUCAGGAGUACCAGGCUGGAAAAUACGCCCUGCAGCUCCGCCUCGAGUGCUUCAAGAUGAUCCUCGGCGCUCACACCGAUCCCUCCAUCGACGUGUCAGACCCAAUCAGUGAUCACUUCUAUAAGGAGGUGUGGAUGGCCACCUGUGCUCGCAACGCCACCAUUUACCAGAAGGUUUUCCGUAGUCUGCCAUCCAGCGACGUCCGUAACAUCUUCGAGCUGGAGGGCUUCCUCGCCAAGCCGGGCCUGGACAAGGAGGACCCGAACAAGGCUAAGGAGGAGCUGAAGAAGAUCCGCGGCUUCCUGGUCCAAUUUCCUCUUCAGUUCUUGUGCGAGCAGAAUCUGCUUCCUCCCAUGGGCUCCAAGGAGGCCAUGGUGCCCAUGGAGGUGUGGACCUGAGAGCGAGAGAGAUAGAGAGAGAGAGAGAGAGAGCGCCUCAACCGUGAGUUCAUGUGUUCAGGCACAGCAUGCUGGAGGAUGACAGGUCCAAUUGUGCAAUCUGAUGCCAUUUUAGAAAUCUUUGCGGCUAAAACGGCUUUUAAACGUUUUUUUUUUAAAUCACAGCUUGAAGGGAAAUCUGCUGUUUAAGUGUCAAAGUGUUUUUUAGUUCCAAAAAACAACUAAAAACUGCUCUGAUAUAAUGUGUCUGUGGCUUUUAGUCACUUGUUAGCACAUAGAUAUCUACACUAAAGAGAUUCAGGUUGGUUAACCCCUGAAUUCAGGCUGUCAGGCACAUUUUGUCCUUUAAAUCUUUGUCCCACAGGAGUUUCCAGCUCCUGGUCUGCAGGCUCUUGGUUGCUCAUUGACUAUUUUCUGCAACAAAAAAAACAAAUAUAAUAAUUAGAAUUCUAACUUUGAUGUUACUGCAUUAGAAGCGUCAGGUUUUUGCAGUCCAUAAGAGCUUCUAGUAUAAGUCCGACAACUUAAUUAUACUGCUCUGCAUUAAAAAAAAUAUUUUAAUGUUGGACUUCUUCACACAUGCAGGAUUUGAUUGCACGAUUUAAACCCCACAAAAGUUUUAAAAUAAACUCAAGUUCUGAUAGUUUAGCUUGAUGAAAAGGUUUGGGGUCUGAGAGGACAGUCUGCCUGCAGGACUGAACCCAGGGUGUGCAACACUUGGUUUUAUUAGAAAAGAGACUGCAAUCUAAAGAGUUUUCUGCCUUAAAUUGCAGCCAAAAAGGAAUUCCAAAAUGGCAUCAGGUGUGGGUGUAAACAGUCUCUGUAACAGCAGUGCCACUGAAUGCACAAGAAUAAUAGGAAACUUACAACACAGACAAGGAAUCAUUGGAAAGACAUGAAGAGUGACCGAACUUAUUACAUUUUAAACAAAUGGAACAUGCAAACAAACGUGAAUUCAAACCUUGGAGAGAAGUCGACCAGCAGACGAGCUUUGGACUCUAGCGUGCCUGAACACCCCGGGCCUCAUGUUUACACGAAAACAGCUCACUCCUUCAUUGUCUUCAUAACACUAUGCAACGUUCAGGUCUGGCAAACGCAGCUCUGACUCUUCCGUGAUGAGAGAGGACGGUUUGAGAGACACUAAAAGACACUUUACCGAAGAGGACCGUGGUGCAGAGAAGGGGGUGAAGAGCUGGACGGAGCUGUCAGCCAUUUUUAAAAACCUUUGAUAUCUCUGAAGUCCUGAUUUUAAUAUUUAUGUCAAACAUGAAAUCACAAGUGCCAAAGGCGAUGAUGUUUAACAGUAAGUACAUUCAUUUACAUUCCUCAUACUGUGGAUCCAACCUUAAGUGACCUGUUUUAUGCUCUGGUCUUUGUAGUUCAUUUGGUGGCGCUUUAUUUUCCUGUAGUUUAAUCAUAUUUUCCUGGGAAGUCUCUUUCAGCACCAGAUUUCAACAGGAAUUGUGAUAAAUAAAGUUGAGUAAAAAUGAAGUGAAAAACAAACAUUGUAGACUUUAUCCCCCUCUCUGUCAGCGUGUGUAUGGAUUUGUCUUUCCAUCAAACUGCCAGGAAAUUACAGUCAAAUAAAACGCCACCGUUCUCUUUUGAGCCACAUUUCCCACAGAUUCAUGCAUUCAUUUUUACGAGUUAUUAAGAUGCUGGGUUUCAUUCAUUGUCAAGAGGCAGAAAUCCCAAAGCAACAGCAAACGGAUUCGUUUUUAGCAACUUUUCAAAACAAAUCUGAUCACAAUUUACUUUGAAUAUAUGUUUAAGAUGGCUGUUUUCCUCUGAGGUUACAUUCAGGGUGGGUGUUUUUAUAAUGCUGCGCUGCUUUAGUUCAGGAGUUUUGCUGAUUGUCAAAAAAGAAGGGAAUCUGAAAUUUAGACAUUAUAUCACCGCUCCUUAAUGGCCCGAUGUUCCUCUUCUUUACGCUUUUAUUGAAUUUUGCAGUGGGAAAUCAUCAGGCAUCUAUGUGUAUCAAUUUCUACACGUUCAUUACUUGAAAACCUGUGACUUCUGGCAAAAGUGUCUUAUUGAAAGUUUCAUCAAUAGAUCUUAUUUUGCUAAUUGGAAGCUUUUUAACAAAUUAACACAAUAGAGAUCUCUGGAAAUUAAUCAUCACAGGAAAGUAGUGAAUAAAUUGUGUAGAUGCAUGUCAGCUCAGGGCUUCUGUUGUGUUUUUUUUGUUGUUGUUGUUGUUUUUGCUGGAAACAGCUGCCUGCAGCAUCUAAAUACAAAGCUGAGGAUAAACUAAAACAGUUCAUGUUGCAUGAAACAAAAACUGUACAGUGAAAGACGCCAAAACAGACUCAGCGAUUUCAAGAGGUGCUGGGGAGCCUGUGAUAACUCUUUGUGUGAUCAUCACUGAGCAUAAGCACACUGUUAGCUCCAGCAACAACACUAUAAGCACACUGUUUCUUCAUAGAGUAGUUCUUACGUUUGGCCUAAAACGUCACCCUAAACUCAUAAUGAAUUUGAGAUCAAUCUUCACCUGCUGCAUCUGAAAAUACCCAUGCUGAUAGUUUGUUACUUUUGAAUUCACAGUUUGUUUCUACUGCCCCCAUGUGGACAAAAAGUCAAAUUUAUUGGUGCAACAGUUACAUUUUGCAUUAAUUUAUCAUAUCUUACUCAAAAUCAUUUCAAAGUUAGAAACAGUGGUACCAUGUUCACAUCAUGGUCAUCAGAAUCUGUCAUUUAGAAACCUCCUGGGUGACUUCAUUUCUGGAAUGAAAACUCAAACAGUUGCUUCUGGAUUUCUGAUUUUCUGACAUUUCUGGAAUGCAGCAUCGUCGGUGUCUUCCUCUUUGGUCUUUAAAAUGAAGUGCAUGUGAUGAUUUUUUUGUGCAAUAUAUUUGACCUUGAAAUGAUGCGUGCAGCAUGUCAGCAGCUCUUUGCCAUUAAACAUUAACAGAUAACAGCAUGAAUCCUGUGAGCUGAACGAUUGCCUUGAAAGCCAUGAAUAUUAUUUUAUUCUAAACUCUGUGCCUGUCUUUAAGCUGUGUGUCUGCAAGAUACACCUGAAUGCUUCUCUACUUUUAAUAUUUAUGGAUGAUCGGACCUUAAAUGUGCUCUUUUUUUGUUGUAUUCUUCUUCUCUACCUCUGUGGGUUUCUACCUCCUGCUCCAGUCCACAUUUUUAAUGUUUGUGAUGGAUUAAGAAAAAUCAGGAAUAUUUGCAGCUUUGCCCAAAAUGAACCAAGUGAAGUCCCCUAAAUAUAAAACACUGUGGUAUGCACAAAUAGUCCGUUUCAAUCUAAAAUGAAAUAUAAAAAACAACAAAAAGAUCAAUUCAACCUCUAGAGGUGUAUGUUAAAUAGCUAAUGAAGGGGAUUUUGGAUUACAUUUGUUGAUUCACUUUUUUCGUGCAUCCAAAAAAAACAGAAUUGAAGCCAAAAAUGUGGAAAUAGUUUUAGAUGGUUUUAUAGGUGCAGUUUCCAGGUGGAGCAUUAAAAUAAAUAACAAAUGUUUGGCACCUGGUGUAAAUGGGCCUUAAACCUUUAAAAGCAUGGCCUCAUUGUCCUCCCUCCUGGGCUGCAGAGGUUUGAAAAACACUAACCUGUCCUGUUAUUUUCUCUGGCUUGAGUCACUGUGUCUUUGUAUGAAAAUGCACUAUUUGCACAGACUGUUGUUUGCUUGUUUUGAUCCAUUAAUUGAUCUGCAGUAUCACGUCAUGUGAAGUUUAUUUGUGAAAUGAUGGAAUGAAUAAAUGAUGUAUUGAUAAAUCAUUCAAAUGGAUCAGUCUG